UCUCAUCGUGUCGGCUGCAGAUGAGAUUCAUGAGGACGUCUUCACAGUUUUUCAGCUCUCAGUCAUGAAGAGGUGUGGACUGAUCCUGCUGCUGCUCUCAGGUUACGUGAUGGUCUGCCAUCUUCAGUCUGAUCAGUUAGUCAGACAGCUCCACCUGGUUGACCUGCAGAAGUCCUGGAACGAUGCUCAGCAAUACUGCAGAGAUGAGUACAUCGACCUCGCCAUCGUUAACAGCUCAGCUCUCAUCCAGGAAGCCCAGAAAAGGGCGGGGAGCACAGAGGCGUGGAUUGGACUCUUCAAGAGCGACUGGAAAUGGUCUCAAACUGGUCCAGUUCAGUCAUCCUGGUUAAAUUUCUGGUUCCCGGGACAGCCAGGGACUGAUGAGUGUGUUACGAUAACUGGAUUUGGAUCAUGGUCAACAAGACCGUGCUCAGCUCGUUAUCCCUUUGUCUGCUAUGACGGUGAGUGUUUCAGACUUUGGUACCAGGGUUUGACAAACUGA